AUGAUGCUGAAUGGACAGCUAUCCGCACUUUCUCUACAAGAUGACCAGGAGCAACAACAUAAGGCAGCGCAUUCGCAGGAUGCCUCGCCUGGUGAUGUCAUGGCAGCGAAUGGCCCUCCCCCGCUGGGUCGCAUCUACCGCUAUACGCCCGUCCCAACCCUCGUCCUCGAUCCGUCCAUGACCAUCGUCGAGGUCUCCAACAGCCAUUCUACUAUUUCCUGCCAGUCGCGCGAUUCCCUACUCCAUGCGACCGUUGGCGACCUCGACCCAGAGGCCAUUCCGGUCCCCAACAUCCCCACGCUCUACGGCGCAUUACACGCGGCCUGUACGACUCGAGAGACCCAACUCAUCGAGCGCAUCGUCGCCAAUAAUAAGAUCGCACUUAAUCUCAGGGUGACCCCCAUAUUUGACGGGCCAACCCUGCUCUACGUCGUUUUGGAGGCCCAGAAGCUCACGGGAGAGGCCCAGAACCACCAGCAUGGAUACAUGGAUGAGACCUACAAAGUCCUGGUCGAUACAGUCAGGGACUAUGCGAUCUUCAUGCUCGAUCCGCACGGGCGCAUCGCCACCUGGAACGCAGGCGCCGGCGUUCUCAAGGGAUACAAAGCAGAGGAGAUCAUCGGCAAGCACUUCUCCCUCUUCUACAGCCCAGAGGACAGAGCGAGCGGCAAGCCAGCCAAGGCACUUGACGUGUGCAUGCGCGACGGCCGCUUCGAAGACGAGGGAUGGAGGUAUCGACGCGAUGGCUCCAGAUUCUGGGCCAACGCGCUCAUCACCCCGAUCUACCAGUUCGGGCAACACGUCGGCUUCGUCAAAAUCACCCGCGACCUGACGGAGCGCAAGGAGGCGGAGGCGCGAAUGAUCACGGCGUUCGAGGAGUCGUCUCGACUAAAGACGGACUUCCUGGCUAAUAUCAGUCAUGAGAUUCGCACGCCGAUGAAUGGGAUGCAGAUUGCCUUGACCAUGCUGGCUGAUACGGGGCUGUCACCGCAGCAGGCUGAGCAUGCUACCAUUAUUCAAGAUUCAAUGGCGCUGCUGCUUCAGAUCGUCAAUGACGUGUUGGACUACUCGAAACUGUCAUCUGGCUCGUUCUCGCUGCACGCUGACAUGGUCGACGUGAGGGAUGUUGUUGGCGCCGUCGUGCGCAACUCUCGGCCGGCACUCAACGACGGCGUAGAACUGACCACGUCUAUCCCUCCGGAUCUCCCUCAGAGAUUGCGAGGCGAUCCCCUCAGGUACAGGCAGGUCCUGCAGAACCUAGUAGGCAACGCCGUCAAGUUCACCGACAAGGGAUCCAUCCGCGUGUCAAUAUCCUGCUCCCUCGACGAAGAAGAUCCGGCCGUUUCUGUCAUCAAAACAGAAGUAACAGACACCGGAAUAGGCGUCCCUGAAAGUGCAAUCCACACCCUCUUUACCCCCUUCACGUGCCUCGCCACUUCAACCAGACGCAUGUAUCAAGGCACCGGUCUGGGCCUCUCCAUCUGCAAGAGCCUAGCAGAGCUCAUGCAGGGGACGGUCGGAUAUGCACCCAACCCAGAUGAGCACGGUAGCAUCUUCUGGUUCACCGCGAAGAUGGGCGGUGGAUCCAUCGCACUACCAUCGUCGCCAAAGCAAGCCAAUCCCUCCGCAACGGCAACGCCCGUACAACCAGACAUCGCGACCGAGCUCCGGGCCGUCGCGCCCCGCAAGCAGGUCCUGCUAGUGGAAGACAACAUGGUCAAUCACACAGUGAUGCUGAAACUGCUGCACAGUAUGGGCUUCGAACGGGUUGACGGGGCGUGGAAUGGCGCCGAGGCAGUGCGCCUGGUCAAGCAGAAACCAUUAUCAUACGACGCCGUGCUAAUGGACAUCUCGAUGCCGGUCAUGGAUGGGCUUACGGCGAUGGCUCACAUCCGCAAAAUGGGUUUGCAGAUUCCAAUUAUUGCAAUCACGGGGAAUGCAUUGAAGGGCGAUGCCGAGACGUACAUGGCCCAGGGGAUGAACGACUGCAUAGACAAGCCGGUAAACCGCGACCGGCUGUUGAAAGUAUUAUGGAAGUGGAUAGGGGAUGGGUCUAAUUCAUAG